GGACUAUGGGAAUUGCAAACCGAAGACACGAACAACGCAUCACACUAUCGAGUGAUGGCGCAAGAAGCCGUAGUAGAAAUGUCGAGCCAGCAGCGCGGACAAUUUUACGAUCAGCUCAGCAGCAACACCCUCAUCGAACCUGAGGCAACACGAACAAGAAACAUUGCACACCAUGGCCAGCUGGAACGAACGCAAGAUCACCAAUGAGCAUCUGCUCCCAUACGUCGAAGCCGACAAGGCCUCGCCAGAGGUCGCGGCGGCCCUGAACACGUUGCCAUUCCAACGGAACAUCUUCAAGCUGCUCGCAAACGCUCCGGUUCAGAUGCCCCUUUUCAUGAAGCUGUUGGCCUCUUGCUGGAGCCCGAACAAUGCUUUGCGAGCGAGCGAGUAUCAACUGAUCGUGCUUCGCACGGCUGCGACUUUGAACGCUCCGUACGAAUGGGAUGUCAAUGAGCCUGUCGCACGGGUGUUGGGAUACAGCGAUGAGCAGUUUGCUGCCCUUCGCGAUGCAAGCAAGCCACUCCCUGCCGAGCUGUUCACCGCCAGGAAGCGCUUGCUGGCUCGUUUGGUGGAGGAGGUCAACGCCAACAAUAUUGUGUCUGUGGAUACUCUGCGCGAGGCCAAAGCCUUGUUGGGCGACCAGGUGGUUACAGAAGCAUUUUUCUUGAAUGGAGUUUAUGGCUUCCUGGCUCGCUUUAUGAACAGUGCACGCAUCGAUUUUGACGAGCCGAUCCCGGGUCUUGAGGACACGCUUCGAAAGUUCAAUGCUGCUGCUAUUGAGAAGGAGAAGACAUACGUGGACUGAUACGGCCUCUUUCCGAUUGAAAGCAUGUCAGGAAUGAUCAGAUAGACCUUGAAUAUGAUUUUAAGAGUUUCACUGCG